CCUUGUCAGCGGAAUGGUCGACACCGCUGACAAGGAGCCAAAAUAACUCUGGGCUCGAUAUUGAGUUCUAACCGGCGGAAAAACGUUACGAUCGAGAGUUGCACAUGUACGCAGAUAACUAUUCUCCAUUUUGAUCUCAUUAUUUAAAAACACAGUGAUACUUAUCAGUUCCUAGACAUAAAUUCGCAAUUUUUUUUUAGUUAUUUGAAAAGAUGGGCGAAACAACAGAAAAAAAGGAUGAAAUUAAAGAUGUCGCAGAUUUACUGGAAAAAACUAAAGUCGAACAAGUCAACGUUGUAAGUUUCAAAGGAAAAAGUUUCAAGUUGAACACAGCCGAUGAUGGUAAGCCUGUUUUAUAUUGUUCGGCAGAUAAAUAACUUGGUUAACGCACUGUUGAGCUCCUAAAAUUAAUACGAACUAGACGGGUCGUUUUUAUCUUUUAGUUUGAGGACAUUUUCAUGUAAAAAGGAUAUGUUCUGAAUGUGAUCAUGCGAAAAACAUUUUCGACACAAAUUUGAUAUGUUGAACCAACCUGCUUAUUGCUUAAAUUGAGUUCAGGGUUCAAGUGCACAUUAAGGGUGCUAUGAUGUUUCAAGAAGUAGAUUGGUGUAACCAGCAGUGGUUAGUUGCUAAGUAACAAAGAAUAUGACAUUGAUGGAGACUGAGAACCUCUAAAGGUGUUAUUCCAUGCCUUUGUAUUUUCUGUCCGUUAAGAUACCACUUUGCUUUUCCUAGUUCUCCAUUUAACUUCUGAGUUACCAUUUAGCAAUCUAAAAUCCUAAAAUGGUCACUAAUGCAUCAUCUUUUUUUUUCUUUAUGAUAUAUUAGCUGCAGAGGUUGUAAAUGCAAUCAAGGCAAGCAAAGACGUCCAAGCUUUGUGUUUGGAAGGAAACACCAUAGGAGUAGAAGCAGCAGAGGCUAUUGGAGGAGCACUUGCAGCAAGACCUGAAUUUGAGGUGAUAAGACAUAGUUAUAUAGAUUUAAAAAAUCAAAAGUAAGUAAUGUAGUGAGUCAAACCAGCUGCAUCUGCUUUUCUGCAUGCAUAAUGUCUGUAGCAAACACUGCAAGAUAUAGGUAAGAGUUCCCAUAGAGAACAGGAUUGUAAUUAAGUCUGACUCGGUUAUUGCAUUCCUGACUCAGUGUAAGAGUCAAGGGUUUUUUUAGGCCUGACUUCCUCUGAGUUGUUGUCAAACUCUGCAAGUUUGCAAGUUUCUUAGAGGAGUGUAGUAAAAAACCAUAGAGAAGACAGACAGCUUAAGGGAGUUGAUAGUUGAUACCAACAGCUCAGGGAAGUUUACUGAUAACUUGGAGGAAUUCAUGACAGUCACAGUCAGUGAAAAAGUUAAGAUUUUUCUCUUAUUAUAGAGAGCAUUAUGGAGUGAUAUAUUUACUGGCAGACUGAGAUCUGAAAUUCCACCUGCAUUGGUAAGUCUUGUAGCAUCAGUUAUUUUGAAAGCUCACGUGAGUUAAUUGUUAAAGAAAGAUCCAUACUAUCCUUAACCCUUUAAACCCUAAGAGUGACUAGCAUCUAAUUUCUCCUCACCAUAUCACCCCUGAAUCAAAAAUGAAAGACAUGAGAAUGGAGGAGAUGAUCACCAACUAAAACAGCUCUUGAUUGUCAAACAAAUUCUCCCUGUCUGCCUCUUUGGAAAUCUAUGGAGAACAGUAUGGAGAAUAUGCCCACUGAUGUUAGGGUGCAAAGGAUUAAAAGUUUAAAAAUGAAAUUGUUGACCAAGUUGAACAGUAUCUUUUUUUUUUUAAUCACUUAAUGACUUAUUUACCUGUUUUAUUCCUCUAGGGUCACUUGAGUGAUGGUGUUAUUGCAGCAAAUGCAAAACUUGUUGAGCUGGAUCUCAGUGACAAUGCAUUUGGCCCUGAUGGAGUGAAGGCUUGCGUAAAGUUGCUGACAAGUCAUGCCUGCUACUCAUUACGCAUUCUUAAAUUAAAUAACAAUGGUCUUGGUGUCGGUGGAGGAAAGGUAUGUGAAUACUAGUAACUCUGCAAGGUGAUGUGGAAUAUCAGGGUUUGCCAAAUAUUUUUCUGCCCCUGUUGGUAAUCAAAAUGGUUGCUGCUCUGAAUACUACCCAACAACCAAAUUGUCCAUUCUUUAAGAUGCCAACUAUUGCCAAUUUUUCUUGACAGAUCCUCUCAGAGGCACUGAUAAAUUGUCACAGAACAAGCUCUGAAGCAGGAACACCCUUACAGCUUCAAGUCUUCAUAUCUGGGAGAAAUCGCCUGGAAAACCCUGGAGCCAAAUCGUUAGCAGCAGCAUUUGAGGUAGGGGAUUUGUGGAAUUAGUUGUCAUGGUGCUGUGGCAGGGGCAGGGGAAAGUGCCUCUCAUGUUUGAUUCCAACCUUCUGAGGAAUUCUUUUCAGUGUAUGACCAGUUAGAGAACAGAAUCUCAUUUGCGAGAAAUAGUAGGAUCUUCCAAAUCUAAUUUUUGUCUUAUUUGCUCAACAGACAAUAGGAACACUAGAAGAGAUACAAAUGCCACAGAAUGGAAUCCUUCAUGAAGGGGUAGCAGCUCUUGCUGAAGCCCUCAAAUCCAAUCCAAACUUAAAGGUUGGUUGCCUCUUGUUCUGCUUAUUAUUUUAGGGAGUCUGAAGCUGUAUGCUGCUACACUCUUUUGGUGCAGGUUCUUUCUGUUUUAACUUGUGCGAAUUGUGUUCAGUGUGCUGGUUUUUAGGGUUAAAGUCACAAUUCAUUAAAAAUUUUAAGCUUAACUUUAUCAAUACAUCUCCUCCUCUCUAAUUGCUCUUGUGAUCAGGGAGACCUGUUGAGGUGAAUAAACGUGCAACUUUUAAGAGGAUCACAAAUAUUAAUGGCUCACAAUCUUGUUUAUUGUAGAUUUUGAAUCUGAAUGACAACACAUUCACCCCUAAAGGAGCCAUGGCUAUGGCCAAGGUAAGCUCCACUGUAAUAUUUGUACUUGUACAUCUAUCUGUAUCUGUGAUACUUUGUAAAUAUGUAGAAUCAAUAUCUUAAACCGCAGAUGUUGUGAACUACCCUAAUUCUUUACACCCUAAUGUCAUUAUGCCUAUUCCCUACACUGUUUUAGAAAUUAAUCAGCUCCAAAUUUGGUUACAUUUGUCAUUUAAAUAAUUUAUUUCACAGGUGCUACCAAACCUGAAAAACAUUGAAGUGAUAAACUUUGGAGACUGUCUUGUGAAAACGGAAGGAGCAAAAGCAUUGGCAAAAUCUUUACAAGGAGCGGUGAACAACUUGAAAGAUCUGAAUCUCUCCUUUGAUGAGAUUAAUAAGGAAGGUGCUCUAGCAAUUGUUGAGGCUCUGGUGAAUAAAGAAUCUCUAGAAAAACUGGAAUUGAAUGGUAAGGUUGUA